CGCUCGUGUGUGUCCUGUGCGGAGGUGUGGGGGGAGAGACAGUGUUUGUCUGAAGCACCGUGAGCUCCGAUCAAAGAUGAACCUGGCUCUGGUCCACGACAGAGAGCUCAUUAAGACGUUCUGGGAGAGGAGGAUCGAGACUCAGACUCAGCAAGCUGAGAGCGAGGAGCAGAGGAUGAGCCAGAGCGCACUCAAAAAGCUGAGGGGGGAGUGGGUGGUCCGUCUGGAGAACCGAACCAAACACCUGAAGAACCUCAAUGACAACUACAUAAAGAAGAUGAAGGUGGAGCCGUCAGCUGACCAGACGUGAGCCCCGAUAACUCGCCGUAGAGCUGCUGAGCCAACAACCGCGUCUCCUCCUGCUGCUGUGUGAGAGAAAUAAAGAGCUGGAAAAUAAACUCGUCUGUGAUUCAU